AUGUCAUUCAACUUCACUAGUUUUACUAAAGAUUUAAAAUCUUUUGGUGAUAAAGUCACCAAUGAAUUCAAUAAAGAAGUAUUACCAUUUGCUCAAAGAACUUCAAGAUUAGUUCAAGAAAAAAUCGGUAGAGUCAAUGUUGAUGAUAUAAGUCAAUUACCUUCAGAAUAUGUUGAAUUAUCUAAUAAAUGUAAUAAUAUCGAAAAUUUAUAUAAGAAUGUUUUAAAGAUUACUGCUACUUAUAAUAAUGAAAGUUAUGAUUAUCCGUCAAAUAUUCAAGAAUCAUUUCAAGAAUUCGGUAAAAAUAUCACUACAAGAGUUAGUAACUUAUCAAAAGCAACUACCCCUGCUGAAGCUCAAGCAGCUCUUAUAAAUCCAACAACUGGGGAAUUUCAACCUCCUAAAACUUUAUAUCAUGCAUUAUCAAGAGCUACUGAUGGAUCAGUUUUAACUUCGGAACAAGCUAACGAUCCUUUAAUCAAAGCAUUGGAUUUAUAUUCAUCAAAUUUAAAUAAAAUUGGUAAUGCAAGAUUAGGACAAGAUCAAUUGAUUCAAAAUAAAUUCAAUAAACCUUUAACUGCUACUUUGAGACAAUCGAUUAGUCAAAGUAAUAGUAUUCAAAAGAAAGUAGAAGAAAAAAGAAUUGAUUAUGAUUUAUCAAGAUUGAAUUUAACUAAUUGUACAAAUCCUGCUAAAGAACCUCAAUUAAGAGUUAUUAUGGAAAAUGCUGAAGAUGAAUUUGCUAAUACUGUUGAAGAUGCUAUUAAUGUCAUGCAAAAUGUUUUGGAUCAAGCUAAACCUUUAGAAGAAUUCUUAGAAUUGAUUAAAGCUCAAUUAGCUUAUCAUAAAUUAGCUGCUGAAUUGUUAGGAGGUAUCAUAGGAGAUUUUGAAGGAUACGUUGAAGAGAGUCAAAAAACUAUAUCUACUAGUAGAGAAUCUGGAGAUUUCGAUAUUUAA